ACUCAAAGGUCAGUUUUCAGUUUCAAGAUCUGUAGGCGCAGUGAUCAGAGGUAAAACGGCGUCGUUUACUGUCAAACGCCACAUCUUCCUCGCUACUACAAUCCAAAUUCCAAGUACUUUAUGUCCUUCAUUCAUUCAUAGUACGCAACGUCAAAUUUUCAGCGCCUGUCAUUUUCCCCUCAACAAACUUCUUCUACUUUCUUCCUUCUCCUUCCCCGCCAUUGAAAUACUCGUCCUUAAUCCCAAGCUCCACUCAAAACUCUCUUCCUUUCUCUCUCUCUCUUUUUUUUUUUUCUUUUUUCUUCCAGUUAAUACUCGCUGGAGAUGGAGAGGAAGGCGGCUCUGGUGGUGAAAUUUGUGGUUGCUUUUUUAGGGAUUGUGAUGAUCGCCACUGGCUUCGCCGCUGAAGCCACAAGAACUAAGGGGAAACAAGUCACUAGAGUUGCUCCUGAUGUGUGCAAAUAUCCCCGAAGUCCUGCGAUGGGCCUUGGUUUUACAGCCGCUCUAUCGCUUUUGUUUGCUCAAAUAACGAUAAAGGCUUCGACGGGAUGCGUUUGCUGCAUUAGAGGUCCUCGGCCUCCUAAAUGGAGAACAGCUGUGAUCUGCUUUACCGUUUCGUGGAUUACAUAUGUGAUAGCAUUCCUCCUGUUCCUCACCGGUGCUGCACUGAACAACGGACGGGACCAACAACGCAACUACCUCGGUAACUACGAGUGCUAUGUUCUAAAACCUGGAGUUUUUUCUUUCGCCACCAUCGUAGGUGUUGCAAGUUUAACUCUGGGAAUGUCCUACUUCCUCAUAUUGAACUCUGCAAAGAAUGACCCUUCUACUGUGUGGGGCCAUCCUUCCGUUCCUCCUCAACCAAACAUCGCAAUGGCACAACCCCAGUUCCCAAACCCUCCUCCACCUCCACCUCCACAGAGAACUACCGACCCUGUAUUCGUUCACGAAGACACGUACAUGAGACGACAAUUCACGUGAUCGGAAAAUGUAGGUCGACACCAAAUGCGUUUAAGGAACAACCGUGUAACUCAUACCACUUUUGAUUGAUGUUAUCUUUUUAAACCAGGGAUUGAAGGUGCACAAAUAUAUAUUUUGGCUCUAGAAAAUAGUUGUUUUGGAGCUGUAUAGGCUCUCUUUCAUAGAAUUGAUUUUGUGAAAGGUGUCAUUUUAUUUCCAUUUGAUCCAUGGGGAGUGAAUAAAUUGUAAUGUAAUAUAAUGUAUAUCCACUGUUGAUUUGUUGUGGGAAGCAGCUGUUUCAUACUUUUUUUU